AUUCUUCCUCUCGCCCCGCCCACAGGUCCCGAACCUAAACCCGAGCUGAAAUCCGGCGACGAUCCGCGGAGGUUCCAGAAAUGAGAGGGGAACUUUUGUCUUUUGGAGGCGGUCCCCGGAGGGCUGGGGGUGGGGGGUGGGGAACGGACCGGAAGUGACGCGCGCGAGUUCCGGUUGGCCGGACCCCAGCGGCGGGUGUGAGAGUCGGUCGCGAGCCGAUUGCAGGAUCCUGAGAUCCGGAGAAGCUGGGGUCAGAGCGGCUCCUCCAGAGUUAUUGAUCUAUGAAAUGGCAGAGAAUGGAAAAAAUUGUGACCAGAGACGUGUAGCAAUGAACAAGGAACAAUAUAAUGGAAACUUCACAGACCCCUCUUCAAUGAAUGAAAAGAAGAGGAGGGAUCGGGAAGAAAGGCAGAAUAUUGUCCUAUGGAGACAGCCACUCAUUACCUUGCAGUAUUUUUCUCUGGAAAUCCUAGUAAUCUUGAAGGAAUGGACCUCAAAAUUAUGGCAUCGUCAAAGCAUUGUGGUGUCUUUUUUACUCCUCCUGGCUGUACUGAUAGCUACAUAUUAUGUUGAAGGAGCACAUCAACAGUAUGUGCAACGUAUAGAGAAACAAUUUCUUUUGUAUGCCUACUGGAUAGGCUUAGGGAUUUUGUCUUCUGUUGGGCUUGGAACAGGGCUGCACACCUUCCUCCUUUAUCUGGGUCCACAUAUAGCUUCAGUUACAUUAGCUGCUUAUGAAUGCAAUUCAGUUAAUUUCCCCGAACCACCCUAUCCUGAUCAGAUUAUUUGUCCAGAUGAAGAGGGCACUGAAGGAACCAUUUCUUUGUGGAGCAUCAUCUCAAAAGUUAGGAUUGAGGCCUGCAUGUGGGGUAUCGGUACAGCAAUUGGAGAGCUGCCUCCAUAUUUCAUGGCCAGGGCAGCUCGCCUCUCAGGUGCUGAACCAGAUGAUGACGAGUAUCAGGAAUUCGAAGAAAUGCUGGAACACGCAGAGACUGCACAAGACUUUGCUUCCCGGGCUAAACUGGCAAUUCAAAACCUAGUACAGAAGGUUGGAUUUUUUGGAAUUUUGGCCUGUGCUUCAAUUCCAAAUCCUCUAUUUGAUCUGGCUGGAAUAACAUGUGGACACUUUCUUGUACCUUUUUGGACUUUCUUUGGUGCAACUCUGAUUGGAAAAGCAAUAAUUAAAAUGCAUAUCCAGAAAAUCUUCGUUAUAAUAACAUUCAGCAAACACAUAGUGGAGCAGAUGGUGGCUUUCAUUGGCGCUGUCCCCGGCGUAGGUCCAUCUCUGCAGAAGCCAUUCCAGGAAUACCUGGAGGCCCAGCGGCAGAAGCUUCACCACAAAAGUGAAAUGGGCACACCACAGGGAGAAAACUGGUUGUCCUGGGUGUUUGAGAAGUUGGUCGUCGUAAUGGUGUGUUACUUCAUCCUGUCCAUCGUUAACUCCAUGGCACAAAGUUAUGCCAAACGAAUGCAGCAGCGGUUGAACUCAGAGGAAAAAACUAAAUAAGCAGGAAAAGGUUUUAAUGGCAGAAGUUAGAAUGGAUGGGUUCUACCUUAAAUUGGGAGGACUCCAAACCAGGAAGGAAAAUUCCCUUUUCCAACCUGUAUCAAUUUUAAUUUUUUUUUUCCUGAAAGCAGUUUAGUCCAUAUUUUGCACUGACAUACUUUUCCUUUGUGUGUUAAGGUAAGGUAUCCACCCUCAAAUUCAAUCCAACUUGUGUUUUAUUAGGGUGGAAUGUGAUGUUCAGCAGCAAACUUAACAGAAACUGGCCUUUUCUUUGUUACUUUCCAAAGGCCCACGUGGUACAGUUAAAGAAUUCCGGACACCAAAAAAUAGUUCCUAAGUAUGUUGAAUAUGUCAAGCCAUUUAGGCUUGUCAGAAAUGACUCCUUUGUUUUUCUAAGUCAUUAAAAUGUAUAUAAAUUAUACUAGAUUGGAUAACAGUCUUGCAUGUGUAUCAUGGUAAAACUUAAUAUGCCAUCCUGCCCAGCCCUUCCUCUCCUACCUUAAAAAAAAGGCCAUUUUAUGAUGCAUUGCACACCCUCUGGGGAAACUGAUCUUUAAAUUUUGAGACAGUAUAAGAAAAUUCUGGUUGGUGUCUCAUGAAUGAGCUGACACCAUUUUUUAUUCUGUAUAUUUAGAAUGAAGUCAUGAACAAACUUUAUAAAGACAUCUUUGAUCAUUCCAAAAUUGUGUCCGUUUUCUUGAGCGUUUUGAUUUUUGCUUCGUUUUAGCCACUACCAACUAAUGGUCAGCCUUGCCAAAUCUACCUACAACCAUAAUUUCUUAAGCCUUCAUUUAUUUACAUUUAAGAGCCACCACCAAGGCACUUUUUUGUUAGGUUGGAAUCGGGCAGCUUGCUACACGUUGCUGAACUGGCAGCUUACGGAUUUGCAAGGCAAGGGGUUUGUGAAAACGGGAGAAAUGAAAGUAUGUAAAUUAAAGGGCACUGAAGAGAGAAAUAACUAAUUUUGUUUGUUUUUUAAAAAACUACACUUUCUCAUAUCUGUGUUAAUUUUAGCUCAGCGUGUACACUGGUUUUGACAAAUUUACUUUUUAAUGUAACCUAAUUUUCUUGCCUUCUUCAGUAAGUGUUACAUCCUUUUGUGAUUUUCUUUUGGGAUAUUUCUGGUUGAACUUGGUCAUUUUGUUUUGCUUGGGAGGAAAAUAAACAGUUUCACUUUUUUUCUU